AUGCCGUCAGAUUCAGAACUUUCCUCAUUGUCGUCGGCACCGCCGACGGAUGAUGAAGCUUCUAAGACGAUUGAUCAGCCGACUGGUAUCGCAAAGUAUUUCAAGAAGGAGUCCGAGACGCCGCCGCCGAAGCGGGAGCCUUCACCACCACACGAAGAGACUCUGGCCGACAACCCGGACAUUGCAUUCAUCGUCGCGUUCCGCGCGCGUUUUCACGAAGUGUUCCCCCGAAGCGUGCCACACUACGGUCCACAAGAUAUCGAGAAGGGAGUCGAGGAAACUCCCCCCGGAGAAUGCGUUGAAAGAGUCCUAUGCGCAUUGCUUGGGCUUCUACUGAAUCGCAAGAAAGAGGUUGAACGAAACCACUAUACGCGUCCUCUCGAAGAAGCAAUCCAUACACAUCAGUCGCAGUGGCCGAAAGAAUGGGAGGGCAAGAACCCCCUGCACGGGGGUCGGAGCUUUGCGACCAUGACUCCUGUGGAACGGAUCCGUUUACUGAGAAUCUUGAUAAUAUGGUCACUUUCAUCGUCUGAAGCUGUUCAGGCGAAGAUCAAAGAAUCUUACAAGCAGGCACGCCACGAUGACGACCUUAACCAGCCAUUAUCUGUCCAGCCUUGGGGUCGUGAUAGCCUAAAACGUCGGUUUUGGCUUAUUGAAGGGCACGAUGAUACACAUUUCCGGCUCUACCGCGAAAGCAAUCCAGCGCUCAAGCACAACACCUGGCGGAGCGUCGCAGGCAGUAUUCCCGAACUCGAAGCAGUCGCCGAGAAACUUGAGACUGAGAAAGGAACAAACGCCAAAAGGCUCAGUGAAAAGAUUCGCGCAGCUAUUCCUCGAUUUGAGGCAUCAGAAGAGAAACGGAGACGCCGUGACUAUCGCCUAGCAAGAAAGGCCGCAUUCAGUCGUCCGGAUCCUGGAUUCUCCAUGUAUGAAGGCCGAACACGCGGCAAGAAACUGAAGUACACAUACUCGGAGGAUGAGGACUCGGACGAGGAGCCCGCUACUCGUCGCUCGACCAGGAAUGCGGCUUCGACCGAAGGUGCCACCGAGUCUAGACGGCCUCGAUUCACGGCAAGUGGGAGGCAGAUCCGAUCUCGUGCCGGGGGCCUUUACGGCGAGGCUCUGCUGACCGGACAACGUGAUGUUGAAGUCUUCGAUGACGAGGAAGAAGAAGAAGUAACCAGGCCGCAGAGAGCUCGUACUUCGAUUUAUCCAAAUGGAUACUCCGGUUAUAAUCCCGAUGAUUUGGACGAUUCAUCUGAAGUACAUUCAGUCGGGGAUGAGAGCGGCAACGAAUGGCAAGGAGUUGACGACGAUCUGGAAAAUGACUUCGAGGGUGACAAUGAAGAGAAAGAAGCAAGCCCAGAUGAGUCAACCGGCAACGAGGAACCAGAAAGCCUAGUUGUACAGCUUCGAUAUGGGAAAGGAGAUGCACCUACCAACUCCGGAGAUCAGGUUGACAAAGCACCUCCGCAAACACCUCCUGCGGAGGCCGACGUUGAAAUGAAGGAUGCAGGAGAAACCGCCGCAGCCUCAUCUGCCCAAGUGCCACCAACAACUUUCCCUCAGUCAAACUCCGACGUGCAACAGGCUCCGACUGUGACUUCAUCUUUGGUACCCCCGGUGCCAACUCAGGCCACUCCUGCUGUGUCUGUGUGGUCUGAUUCUCUACCAAAGCCCCAAGUGGUCAUCCCACAGGCGUCGCUGGCUGCAGGCCAAGCACUGAGUGGUGAUAUUUUCCCCAAGCCCCAAGUUGUCAUCCCACAGGCGUCACUGGCUACAGUCCAAGCACCUGUGAAUGGGAACACUGAGGCGCUGCAGGCCAGUCAGCAUGUUAAUCCCAAUGGCGGGAGCCGGUCGUGA